AAUGCAACAUGGCAAUCAGCUGAUCGAAUCGGUUCAAAUCCAGUUGGAAUUUCCUAUGCUGCGAGGCAACCCUGCUGCUUGUUAUGUUGUAAAAUUUUGUUUGCAAACACCGCUUAUCCAGCUCUUCUUCAGUCAGUCAAAAAUCUAGUUAAAAAUGAGUGAUACUCAACUGCCAUCGUUCAAACGAAUGAAUCUGGCCCAAACGAAUCCCAUCGCGGGUAACAAGAAGCGAACCUGGAAGUCCCUGAAGCAAAUCACGGCCUACGAGCGUACCCUGCCUUGGAAGGAUACCGAUGUCACAUAUUCCUCCAUCAAUGCCCCGCCAUCGUUCGUGCCGGCCAAGAAGUACUCGGACAUCUCCGGUCUGAUCGCACCGUACACCGACCCACAGACCAAGCUGCACUACCACAACGCGGAGGAGUUCCAAACGGUGCGCAGCUUGCCCAUGGAUCUGACGGCGGGCUAUCUGGCGCUCCGGGGUGCUAGCAGUAUCGUUUGAAGAUGCUAGUUUAGGUUUUGAUUUUAAUUGGGUUUUUAAAUUAGGAAAAAUUCAAUGAUUUUUUAUUUUUAAACGAAAGAGCACCUUUUUCUGAGCCGCUAUGAUUUUUUUCAGAUUUUUAGAACUUUAUUUUGGUAUCUAAAAUCAAUUUCAAAGAGAUUUUUUGAAAUCACCUUUUGACAGCUUGGCAACUGCUUGACAGCUCCGCUCAGUACAAAAUGCGACGAGGGGUGAUUCGACAAAUCGCUCCCAUACAAAUUUCAAAUUGAUUUUUGAAUAGGUUCCCGGGCACCAAAAUUGAUGAAAAUUUGGAUUUCGGCUCAGUUUGGCAUGCAGAUUCAGAAUAUGGAAUUAUCUCAACACCACUAAAGAAGCCAAUUAUUAGCCAUUUGAAUAGAAGCGUAUUACUAAGA